AGAAAAUACGAGUAAAGUCUCAAAAGAGAAACAGGAAGAUGAGUCCCCCAUCUUGCUUGUCUCCAUCUUGUCUUAUAGAGAGAAGUGAAGAAAAAGGAGGCUGUCCAGGUUUUCUGAAGUCUCCAAUGUUGGCAGUAGGUGUGAAGUACGACCGGCCAGGUCCCGAGAAUGUAGGCGAAGUCGGAGCUGACCCAUCCCGUACUGAAUUUCUGCAAGACCCACCGCUCCGCGUGGGCCCGGGGACCAAUCAGAAGCAAGGGGGCGUUCCCAGUCCCGUCUUUCCCUCUUCCCUCCCCUGCGGCCUCCGGCCGGGAGACUGGGCGGGCGCCCUGUGACCCGGAAGUAGUUCUGGAGGAGGUGGGCCUAAGGGGUUGGAGCUGGUGACGUUGCCGCCCGGGGCUCCGGCGCUUGUUACUCCGUUCGGCUGUUUGCGGCUCUUGCGAGAAAACUGUGGCCAGGUCUGCGGGAAUCGCACCUAUGGCUUCCGUGCUGUCCUACGAAAGCCUGGUCCACGCCGUGGCGGGAGCCGGAAGCAUGACAGCAAUGACAGUAUUUUUUCCCUUGGAUACAGCUCGACUUCGACUUCAAGUUGAUGAGAAAAGAAAGUCCAAAACGACACACAUGGUGCUCCUGGAGAUCAUUAAAGAAGAAGGCCUCCUGGCACCAUAUCGAGGGUGGUUUCCAGUUAUCUCCAGUCUCUGCUGCUCCAAUUUUGUCUAUUUCUACACUUUUAAUAGCCUCAAAGCAGUCUGGGUCAAAGGUCAACAUUCUACUACUGGAAAAGAUCUGGUAGUUGGAUUUGUUGCAGGAGUGGUGAAUGUGCUGCUAACCACUCCACUCUGGGUGGUAAACACCAGACUGAAGCUGCAAGGGGCAAAAUUUAGGAAUGAAGACAUUGUACCCACCAACUACAAUGGUGUUAUUGGUGAGUGUCUCUUGGAUGCUUUUCACCAGAUCAUUCGCGAUGAAGGAAUCCUGGCUUUAUGGAAUGGCACAUUUCCCUCCUUGCUGUUGGUCUUCAAUCCUGCCAUCCAGUUCAUGUUCUAUGAAGGUUUAAAACGGCAGCUUUUAAAGAAACGAAUGAAGCUUUCUUCUUUGGACGUGUUCGUCAUUGGUGCAAUAGCCAAAGCAAUUGCCACCACGGUCACCUAUCCUCUGCAGACAGUACAGUCAAUUCUGAGGUUUGGACAUCACAGACUGAACCCAGAAAACAGAACACUGGGGAGUCUUCGGAACAUUCUCUAUCUUCUUCACCAACGAGUAAGGCGUUUUGGAAUAAUGGGACUCUACAAAGGCCUUGAAGCCAAACUGCUGCAGACAGUCCUCACUGCCGCUCUCAUGUUCCUCGUUUAUGAGAAACUGACGGCUGCUACCUUCACGGUCAUGGGGCUGAAGAGCGCACGCAAGCGCUGAGGCACCUUCCACCGCCAGGCACUCAGAGAUGCUCAAGACAGGGGAUCCUUCCCUGUGAAGAGAAGCGGUUCCCCUUUUACUUGCGCCUUCCACUGAGAAUUUUACCCUCAUUGGCUUGAAAUGCAUCUAAGUUUACACAUGGAGUAUAGCCAGCUUGACCUGUUACCAACUUAGUUCUUAUGAUGGUUGGUUGACUUUUGUGGGGGAGGUUGGGCCAAUGGCCAUAUGAAAAGAGAACAUUAUUGAAAACCUAAAACUGAAAGUUUAUGGGGGUUUAUUGGUUUUUUUGAGGGGAAUAGACUCUUGCUCUCAUGUAUAAUCUUUUCCAGGUAAAGUCUUUUUUAGAUUUACCAGAUGGUCCCUUUCCCUUGAACCCUCCCCCAGGUCCUAGGGCAAAUUUGCUACCAUGUAAUUCUCCUCAUAUACUCUUGUAUGUCUUCAUCUUGGUAUUUUCUUCACUAAAAAUGUUAUGACUAUGCCAUAAGCAUGA